AUGGGCACCGCUCUUUUGAAUUGGGAGCACAGGAGGAAAAUUGUUGGAGGCCUGGAAGCUGCAUUGUUCUAUCUCCAUGAACAAUUGGAAACUCGGAUUAUACACCGGGAUGUCAAGACAAGCAACGUGAUGCUUGACUCACAAUAUAAUGCACGACUAGGUGACUUCGGCUUGGCACGGAUUGGUGGCACAAUUGGAUAUCUACCACCAGAGAGCUUCCCGAAAAGAAGUGUGGCAACUGCUAAAUUUGAUGUCUUCGGUUUUGGGAUUGUUGUGUUAAAGGCGGUUUCUGGAAGGCUAGCUGUAGAUCUUAUAUUUCCAGAUAAGCAAAUCAUUUUGCUUGACUGGAUCCGUAGGCUGUCUGAUGAAGGAACGCUUUUACAUGCAAGGGUCCACUGUGAGAGGGUAGCUAGAGAGUCGCCUGAUUACUAUGGGAUUGAUCAACCUGACAGAACUAAACCAUCCACAACUGACGUGAAUGUUGGAGAUACUACACCCUGA